CCUCCGGUGCAGCCCCAUCCAGCCGCUCAGAGCCUCUCGCAGCCACUCUCUGCCUAUAACAGCAGCAGUUUGAGCCUCAACAGCUUAAGCAGCAGCAGAAGCAGCACUCCUGCCAAGACUCAGGCCCCUCCUCCACACAUAUCUCACCAUCCCUCAGCCUCACCAUUCCCCCUCUCUUUACCCAGCCACAGCCCGCUGCAUACCUUCACGCCCACCCUCCAGCCCCCCGCACACCCACAUCACCCCAAUAUGUUUGCCCCUCCUACGGCUUUGCCUCCUCCACCUCCAUUGACGUCAGGGACACUGCAGGUUCCAGGACACCCAGCUGGUAGUACUUACUCAGAACAAGAUCUUCUCCGUCAGGAACUAAACACGCGAUUUUUGGCCUCGCAAAGCGCAGAUCGCGGGGCCUCCCUGGGCCCGCCGCCGUACCUGAGGACCGAGUUCCACCAGCACCAGCACCAACACCAGCACACACACCAACACACACACCAGCACACCUUCACGCCUUUCCCUCACGCCAUCCCACCCACUGCCAUCAUGCCAACGCCAGCACCGCCCAUGUUUGACAAAUACCCUACAAAAGUUGACCCCUUCUACCGUCACAGUCUGUUUCACUCCUAUCCUCCAGCUGUAUCAGGUAUUCCUCCCAUGAUUCCUCCAACCGGCCCCUUUGGCUCGCUGCAAGGAGCAUUUCAACCCAAGACUUCCAACCCUAUUGAUGUUGCAGCCAGACCUGGGACUGUGCCACAUACCCUUCUACAGAAAGAUCCACGGUUGACAGAUCCGUUCAGGCCCAUGUUGAGGAAACCUGGAAAGUGGUGUGCUAUGCAUGUUCACAUCGCCUGGCAGAUAUACCAUCACCAACAGAAAGUCAAGAAACAGAUGCAGUCUGAUCCGCACAAGCUGGACUUUGGCCUGAAACCUGAAUUUCUGAGCAGGCCGCCAGGCCCCAGCCUUUUUGGAGCCAUCCACCACCCCCAUGACCUGGCCCGGCCCUCGACUCUCUUCUCCACAGCCAGUGGGGGUCAUCCAGCCGGCACCCCUUUCGGCCCACCACCUCACCACAGCAACUUUCUCAACCCAGCUGCUCACUUAGAGCCCUUCAACCGACCGGCUUCCUUCAGCGGCCUCACGGCAGUGGGUAGCAACGCCUUUGGGGGACUUGGGAACCCGGCAGUUACACCCAACUCAAUGUUCGGCCACAAGGAUGGCCCCAGUAUGCAGAGCUUUAGCAACCCUCACGAGCCCUGGAACCGACUGCACCGAACUCCUCCUUCGUUCCCGACCCCUCCGCCCUGGCUGAAGCCAGGAGAGCUGGAGCGCAGUUCAUCUGCUGCAGCUCAUGACAGAGAUAGAGAUGUAGAUAAACGAGACUCAUCUGUUAGUAAAGAUGACAAAGAAAGGGAGAGCAUUGAGAAAAGACACUCCAGCCAUCCUUCGCCAGCACCUAUCCAUCCAGUGAACUCCCUCGGACAUAAUCGCAGCUCAAAUGAGCAGAUCAGAAGCCAUCUGAAUCCCGAGGUUCGAGAAAAAGAGAAACCCAAAGAACGAGAGAGGGAUCACUCCGAAUCUCGGAAGGAAAUUAAUGUUGAAGAGCACAAGGUGAAGGACAACUAUAUUUUGGAGAAAGAAGGCCUGAGCCAUGAAAGCCGAGUGGUGGAAGAGUCUAAGCAAAUGCCCAGGGUUCCUUCACCCUAUGCUAGGCCCCCCGUUGUGGAGAGCACCAGGCCUAAUAGUACUUCAAACCGUGAGGCUGAGAGGAAGAACGAGCCAGCUUAUGAUAAUCCGAAGAAGAGCAAUGAAGUCAAAGUGAAGGAGGAGCGAAAGGAAGACCAUGAUGUUCAACCUGAGGGACCUCAGACUCAUAGGUCAUCUGAUCAGCCACCACCUAUAUCUACAUCUAGCGUCCAUCCGAGUCCUUUAGUGUCUAUGCCCAUGACUGUAGGUGUAACUGGUAUACAUCACAUGAACAGCAUCAGUGGCCUGGAUAGGACUCGCAUGAUGACCCCUUUUAUGGGAAUUAGCCCAAUUCCUGGUGGAGAACGUUUCCCCUAUCCUUCUUUCCACUGGGAUCCAAUGAGAGAUCCCUUAAGAGAUCCAUACAGAGACCUAGAUAUUCAUCGGAGAGACCCCCUGGGCAGAGACUUUUUGCUAAGAAAUGACCCCCUUCAUCGUCUUUCUACGCCAAGAUUAUAUGAAGCAGACAGGUCAUUCAGGGAUCGGGAGCCUCACGACUACAAUCACCACCACCAUCACCACCACCCUCUCUCUGUUGACCCUCGGCGUGAGCAUGAGAGGGGCAACCACUUGGAUGAUAGGGAGCGGUUGCACAUGCUCAGAGAAGACUAUGAACAUGCACGCCUGCACUCAGUUCACCCUGCCGCCUUGGAUGGGCACCUGCCUCACCCAAGCCUAAUCACACCAGGACUUCCUAGCAUGCACUACCCCAGAGUCAGUCCCCCGACGGGACACCAAAAUGGCAUCCUCAAUAAAACUCCCCCCACAGCAGCUCUCAGUGCCCCUCCACCGCUUAUUUCUACUCUGGGACCUCGGCCUGGGUCUCCCAGAAGGACUACUCCUCUGUCAACAGAGAUGAGAGAGAGGCCGCCUUCUCACACCCUCAAGGACAUCGAAGCUCGAUAAGCGGAGUGAGACUAAAUAAAAACCAGAGAAAGAGGGACAGAACGUUGUAAAUGAACAUAAUAUAAAGAUCUUCUUACUAGUCAUUGAUACAGACUGGGGAUGUGACCCACUGUACAAUAUGUAUAGACCUGAGUGCAAAGAUUUUGAAACGGUUUUUUUGUAUAUUAUAUGUUGAAAUUUUCCAGCUCUUUUAGCCAAGUCCAUAUGUUCCUCGUGUCUCCUACUCUAUUUUAUUUCUAGUUUAAAAAUUUCAAAAUUUGAACUGAAGAACAAGACAUUAAUCUGAAUGAUUUGACUAGAAACAAACCACCACCAAUGCCAACCAUACAAAGCUCUUUCAGACGAGAAGUGAAGACAAUUGUAGAUAUUUAUGUAAAAAGAUUGCUUCAUGGGUAACGGUUCAUAUAUGCAAAAAGGGUAAGAUGAAAGCUUUACUUUGUACAAAUGUAAAUAGAUAAAAUUAAGUAACAUAAUACAUUAAUACUUCUUAAACUGUGCUAUUUGCAAACUUAAUAUUGAGCAACACAGUCUGCUUAUGCUGUGUUACAUAUAUUGUUAUAGACAGCUAAACCCCUUCAACUAUGCAAUGAAUUUUAAGGCUUUUCACAAAAGCCUUUAUAACUCAAAGGAGCCUUUUCAACACACAACAUAAUUAAAGUCAUAUUUUCCCUGAACAAGCUCAUCUAUAAUAGAAACCUCUUCCUCUUGCUUGUUUUGGUAAAGAAACAGCCCAUUAGAAGUGUAGUUUUCUGUCUGAACCCCUGCAUCGAGAUGCUGAUGUUACUGUAGCUCAUGUAUUCCUUAGAACGUGCCAGGGUUAGCGAUCUGUAAUCACUGAUACUGUAGUCAUGACAGAUUGGUUUUCAGUCACAUUAAUCUGGGUUAAACAGAGUAAUAAUCAAAUGCUGGAUGUUUUCCAGAACUUUUGUCACUUAACAUGUCAAAUUUCUUUUUGGAAGAACAUCUGCUUAUAAGCAUUCAUGUCUGGUUUUAUUGCCAGUGUGUCAUUUUUAUCUGUACACACACUGGUUUUGUUGGGGGGUUUUUUGGUUGUUAAGUGAUUUUUUGCUACAUUGAAACAAAUCCUACAAGAAAGCUAAUACUUUUCUAAAUGAUGGAUAUGUUUUCACUGUGGAUCAGUAGUUUAAUUAAUGAACUCCGAUGCAGAUUUCAUAAUGCAAUUUAUUGUAUUUCAGUUGGUAAUAAAGUCUGUGAAUAGUUAA